AUGUGGCCACCCGCUAUCUUGACUGUGCACGAAUACUCAGCAGAUGUCGACACUUGUAGGAAGAAGCUGGGAGGCAUAUCGCGCGCCGAACGCCUAGUGCGCAUUGACUGCCACAAAGUGCACACAGUCGCUCUUCUGACAAAUGCGUGGGUGCGAAAUAAAUGGCUCAGCGAUCCUUUGCUUCAGGCGCGUCUUCUCUCCCUAACUCCACUCAACCUUCAAAACACUUUCGCCAACAUUCACAAAUCACGCAUACCCGAUGCGCUGCAGCGCGGGACGAUGUUCGAGAUGGCCAUGCUGCGCUUGGUUGAGUGGUGGUCCCAAGAUUUCUUUGAGGUCGUGCUCUCCGGACAUCUUCGCAGCCGCAUCUUUGACGACGUCCAGUCUGAACUCCUUGCUACCGGGAUGGUCGAACCCACAGAUCAGAAGGGCAAAGGCAAAGGCAAGGCGCAUGAAAUCGGUUCAGGCUGGUUAGAUGAGGGCGAGGUCGUGAAGAGCGAGAAGAGCCUGAUGAAACACGCGUUGCAGAAAUGGGGCAGUAGAGACGUGAGUGCUCAGUUAUUUACUUCGCUUUGCAGGGCCCUCGGCAUUCCUGCGAGACUGGUUGUGAGCUUGCAGAGUGUGCCAUGGCAGGCAGGGGCAGGUAAGCCCAAAACAAACCCCAAGCUGAAGGGCAUGAAUGGCAGGGAUAAGGGCAAGGAAAAGGCUGCUCAAGGGAGCGAUCAUGGUGAUGAGGAGUUGGAUAUGGAAGAGGUCGAGAUUCCCGCUACUGGCAAGUUUCCGGAGGGUGGAGAAAGACUCGACGGAGGAUUCAUUCCGCCGGAGGACAAGGGCAAAGGAAAAAAGAAGGUAGGACCCAUCAUCAAACUCCGGGCUACGAGGAGCAAGGGACAGACCCUCAAUUCAAGCCGGCCGCUUAAGCCACCAGACCCUACUACCACCCCGCCUAUUUUCUGGACCGAGGUGUUUUCACGCCCAGAUGCACGCUGGUUACCGGUAGACCCCAUACGAGCCAUCGUCAACAAGCGCAAAGUCUUCGAUCCCGCCUCUCUCAUAUCCUCCGUAAAUGCGACGCGCGCAAUCGCGCGCACGACCAGAGUCGACAACCGUAUGGCGUACGUGCUCGCGUUUGAAGAAGACGGUUACGCACGAGAUCUUACGCCGAGGUAUGCGCGGGAAUACGGUGCGAAAGUCGCAAAGGCGCAGGUCGGGGGGAAGGGAAGACGCGAGUGGUGGACGAGGGUCCUCGGGAUCGUCACGAGGCCUUAUCGGCUUCACCGAGACGACCUCGAGGACGACGAACUUGCCUCCAAUCAGAUCACCGAGGGCAUGCCCACCACGCUCGCCGGCUUUAAAGAUCACUCCCUAUAUGUUCUUGCUCGCCACCUCCACCGCGAUCAGGAGAUUGAACCCAACUCGCCCGAGCUGGGGAAAUUCCGCGGCGAGCCCGUGUACCCGCGCAGUGCCGUUCUGUCGUUGAAAACGGCAGAGAACUGGAUGCGCCGCGGCCGGAGUGUGCGCACCGGCGAGCAGCCUAUGAAGUUCGUCAAGCAGCGUGCAUCGACGAUCGGACGCAAGAGAGAAAUCGAGGUCCUUAGAGAGGCGGGUGCCACCGCCGAUGGGAACGGCCCGGACGUGUUACAGGGGCUGUAUGCCGAGAGGCAGACGGAGCUAUAUAGGCCGCCACCUGUCGUUGAUGGCGUUAUUCCAAAAAACGAUUUCGGCAACAUCGAUCUCUAUGUUCCGUCCAUGUUACCAGUUGGGGCGGCCCAUAUACCCAACAAGGGUGCCAGCAAGGUUGCCCGUCAGCUGGGCUUCGAUUACGCGGAGGCAGUGACGAACUUUGAGUUCAAAAAUCGGAGAGCAUUCCCUGUCAUCACUGGGAUUGUCGUCGCAUCGGAGAAUGAGCAGACCGUUUUAGAGGCUUGUUGGGAACACGAGCACAACGCAGCAAUCAAAGAACAGGCCAAGCGCCAAGAGGCGGUGAUCAAGCGCUGGACGCGGCUAGUCCAUGGACUGCGGAUACGACAGCGAUUGCAGGAGCAAUACGCUGGCAGAGGAGAUGAUCAGGGUCUGGGCAAGAGUAUCGAAGUGACAGUGCAAACAUCGCGCCCCGACGCUCAAGCAUCGGGCGGUUUCCUCACGACAGCGGACGACGUCGUGCAGCAUUACUAUCUGCCCAAGUUCCAGCACCCGAUCCUCGACUCUGCACCGGAUGCGGCGGCGGCGGCACAUGCCGAUCCUCAGCCUGGUCCCAGCACCGCGCCGUCAGCUUCGUUGGGAGAUCGCGGGUCGCCAUCGCUCGUAAUGGAGACCGUCGACGACAGCGAUAGCGAUAUGUCAUCCGUGUCUAUCCCGCCACAGCCCGUGAGAGGUGGCGCGCCCAAGUCCAUGGCGGAGCUCGCGGCUUUGGAUUCGGUGCAUCAGAGUGCGGUGGGUUCGCGCGCGUCAUCGACGGCGAUGGUCGCUCGGGAUCAGCCUGCGGUCGCGGAAGCUGAAGCUUAUCGGCCUUCGCCUGCCACCGCGGGCACGAAAGCGACGCCUCGUGGCAGGGGUGCAAAUCACGCCUCGAGCUCUGGGAAGAGCACACCGUCGAGAGUGAGGGGGCCACCGGUGAAAGGCAAGAAGAGGGUCAGGGCCGGUAGCACGAGCGCCGAGUCCGAUGUCGCAGAUGGGCCGAACCAGCCUCCGCCAACAAAGCGCACGAGGGGGAGAGCGUCAGCGCCGGCGCCGGCGCCUACCCCUGCUUCCGAGCGGGUUCUGCGUAGUCGUCGGGGCAAGUCGGUCGCUCAGCUCCAACAGGAGCGGGAGCAGGAUGAGGCUUAUAGACGCGCGAUCGAAGACUGAACAUCUUUUUAUUCGCAGCGACUUUUACAUUUUUCGUCGUAAUGAGACUGCCUACAUCGACUCUCGUUUUUCGUGUGUAUGUAAGGCUAUCCGUGUGUAUCCUGAGACGCGAGAGCAUCGUCGCGUCAGCGAACGGAUGUCAUCCGAGAUGAGGGAGGAUCGGGGUAGAGGGGACCUCUACGUUUCAUCUAUAGACGGCCCUGCCGUGACAUCGGAUGUCUGAGACGCCGGGGUUCGUGGGGAUGGCGCACUUUCGUGUUUCUCCACUGGGCAGGUGGGGCUUUGGGUGGCCACGGCAGGUAGCAGGCAUGCGAAAGUGAGGUAAGACGUGUGUCCGCGAACUUCUUGUAUGACCUUGGACACGAUUUGUGUCGUGGCCGGGGGAGGCGUCGGUACUUCACUGGUGAGGGCUUUUGGGUCGACAGGCUGGGGAAGCGUGUCUGGGUUUUCUUCCAUUGUCACAUCUCGCACCUCGUCCUUGGCCCCGAGGGGGGCCACAACAGAUGCAGGGUCCUGCGCUGAUGGACCGGAGGAGCCCUGGGCGUCGCCCCGAGUCUCGUCUUCAGUCUUUACCCUCUUAGAGCCUGUCGCAUCGUUGUCCUCUGGGCCCCCAUCCUGCUCCCUCUUCCUUUUCUCCGCAUGCCGUGCACGUGCAUUGGAUAUCUGGCGCAACCGCUUCUCUUCCCGUUUUCGCUCGGACUGCUGCAGCUUCUUGCUGACCGCGCCGAUAGGAAGGAGCGUCGGCACCUCGCUGACCUCGUGGGGUCUGAGGAGCGUCUCGUACAUCGUGAUGUCUGUGAAGCCGGCAUCGUUCAGCGCGCUGACGGUGCGCAACACCUGCUCUAUACACGGGCUGAAGCAGCAGAUUCGUGUGAUGCAGUCUCUGCGUAAUGCCCUUUUCGCAUGUUCGACUGCUUCCCAUGGUGCGGGAAGGUCUAAGAAGACCGAGUCGGCAGUAUCUUCCACGGUGAAGCCGUCCUUGCAGACAUUUCUGUGGGUAAGGGUGACCACGUCCGACAUGCCGUGCCGAGUGAAUUCAUCCCU